AUGCCGCUCUGUCUCACCUUCAUCGAAUUGAAGAAGGCUUUCGACUUAGUUGAGACAGAAGCGGUCAUGGAAGUCUUGAGCAAGCAAGGCGUCCCUACUCAGUACAUAAAGCUGAAUCUGCAAAAGACGGUGUUCAUGCGCAACGGAUGGGUUUCGGAUGCUCCAUUCACGCUCAACGGAACGAACAUAUCCGAAUACACCAGCUACGUUUAUCUGGGUCGGGAUUGUGGGGUUUCCCUUGAGUCGGCGAAUAGGACCAGAGUAGCUGUUGCACCGAUUCGGGCUGCUUUCCGAGAGACAGUUGCGUUGAUGAUGUCAUUCCAGAUCUUCUAA